AUGUAUAGACAUCUAGAUAUGAUGAUUCAGUCAAAUUCAACAUUGUGUUUAAAAAAUUUCUACGGAGUAUUUAAUUCUUUAUUACGACAUGUUUCUACAACAGGAUCUGUUAGUAACGUCAACAAUCUUUUCAAUUUCAAUCAGUGGCGUAUUUUGCAGAUACCAUCUCGAAAUCGCAGAAGUGAAGAGGUGAAAAAAUUUUAUUCAGAAACUGGUGACUAUAACCCUCCAAAUCAAGAUGCUAUUGAUAGAUUUAAACGUCUUCGUUGGGGUGCAUAUAUUCACGCACGAGCUGGUCGAGCUAAACAUUUAUAUAGACGAAGUGAAUCUGAAUUAGAUCGACGUUCCGAGCACAUUUUGACCAAUCGUGCAACAACGUUUUUAAUAAAUAAUUUGCUAAAUAGACAAUGGCGGACACCAAAAUAUUAUCCAAAUGAUAUUUAUGAACCAUAUCAUCAAAGAACCGGGGUCCCUUGGGAUUAUAGAUUACGGAAACCCAAAUUCUUCCCUUGA